CCCAAGGAGAGCUGCAGGGUGGCAGUGUGAGAGUAAGUCUGCGGCAGGGGUGGUGGGUCAGGGUCUAACUUUCGGAUUGCAUGGACUGAUCGGACAUACACACACACACACAUACACCGAGGGGGAAGAAGAAGGAGUAAGUGGUGAAGAUGAACGUGACGCAGGAGAGUUAUUUCCUCAAGUCCGCCUUGCCCACGGACGCCCCGGUCUCUACCUUGGCUAUGCCCUCGGACACACAGCUCGACCGCAGGGAGCACCGCGCCGAGCAGAAGAGCAUGAGAGUGCAGGAGCAAGUCCGAACUAUGCUCCGGAGUAGUAGCAACAGUAGCCGGGUCAGUUCAGUGUACGGAGGCUCUGUUAGUGGAGAUUCUUUUGGAAUGAUGAGAUAUCCAGUGGCAACCAUGCCAAGCUACGGUUCCAAAUCUCAAGCUUUUGUAACUGACAGAAAGUACUCUACUACCAAGCCGUCCGUGUAUAAACAGGGGACGAGUCAAAACUGGUCCUCUCGUUCAGCUGUGGGGGAUUACUCCUUUAAAGGGGCAACCACAGGAGAUCAAUAUUUCAGGCAAAGAGAGGAGACUGUUUCUCACUACAGACCCAUUUCAUUUCAUCAGACUUCCAGACCACAGUCCUUUCAUCAGUCCGCAACCUACAGACAUGUGAACCAAGGACUAAUGGAUCAGCAGGACAUUGACAACUUGUCACUACAUUCGAUGCACUUGCCUGGCAAACAUGCUGAGAUUGUGAGGAAGAAAUCUUGGUCUGCAGCACAAAUGAAUGGACAGGCCAUUUACCAAAGAGCAGAUGAUGGAGAGACCAACUUGGUCUUGGAUCAGGUUGAUAAUGGCUAUUCAUCCUCACAUGGGCGUAAUGGCCUUAGCAGCAGCAGCUACACCAUGAGCCACAUGGUUAGUAAAUCUCCAGCUAAGCAAAUGAAUAGCAUGACUACGAGCCUGCCCAGAUCCUUAAGUGGCUCAGUGGGCAUGGCUAGUUACUCAGUGGAAGGGAUGGAAGAGAUGUCUGACCGUCGACAAAUCAGACCCCCAGCUCAGCGCACUUUGCAAAGAGUCCAGCAAAGCAACAAAGUAAUUCGAGGAAGAACAGGUUCGGGUUCCUACUCAACCUCGCAAAUGAUACGCACUCCAUCCCUUCGCAGCUUGGGCAGAGCAGAUGUCGGUGUCCGAGAAUUGGGAGAGCAAGAGUUAGAAGCGGCGAGGCUUGAUGCGUUACAAAUGGCACAGCUGAGCCGAUCUGACAAUUUGGAUCUGCCGACCGCCGUCAACCUUCUGGAUUCUUCUGACGUGAACAAUCAAGUGAUCGGAGCUGGAUACAUCCAACAUGAAUGCUACCAUGAUGCGGGUGCUAAAGAGCAUGCUUAUAACUUGAAGGCGAUCCCUAAGCUUGUGAAACUCUUCAAUCACGAUGCAUUGGAAGUGCAACGGAGUGCCACAGCAGCAAUGCGCAACUUGAUCUAUAACAACACCACGAACAAACAGGAGCUGGUCAAGCAGAAUGGAAUCCCCAAGAUGAUGCAGGCAAUCAAAGUCAUUGAUGAAGAACUGAAGGCCAACAUCACGGGAAUCCUGUGGAAUCUAUCUUCCAGUGAGAAUCUGAAGAGCACUCUUGCCCGAGAUACACUAGAGAAGAUCACAGAAGAGAUCCUUGCCCCAUCCUCGGGUUGGAGUAGUAGUGUGAGCAUCCGGCCAUUAGCUUCAGAGGAUGAAGUCUUCUACAAUACCACUGGCUACAUUCGAAAUCUGAGCUCAGGAAAAGAAGACACCCGUCAGAAAAUGCGGGAAUGUAAAGGUUUAGUGGACUCUCUGGUCUACUUUAUCCAGCAAUCUCUCGAUAACAAUGCAGCCAGCAAGAGCGUGGAGAAUUCAGCCUGUGUCCUGCGCAACUUGUCCUACCGGCUGUACGAAGAAAUGCCAUCUUUUUAUCAGAACCGAUUGGAAGGCCCUGGCAGGAAUAACAGAAGUGUGAAGAAAGGUGAUGUUGUGGGAUGUUUCACUCCUCAGAGUAGGAAGGUGAAAGAGAUCAAUACAGAGUCGGCAAUAUUUUCAGAAGUUACAAAAGAUCCCAAAGGAAUCGAGUGGCUGUGGAAUCCAGCUAUCGUCACAGUGUACAUCGGGCUCCUAGACAAGAGCGAGGCCAACCAGCAAACCACUGAAGCUGCCUUGGGGGCUCUACAAAAUAUUACAGCAGGGGACUUUAGGGAAGGCUAA